CAUAGUUGUUGUUGUCUUUAAUGUUGUUUUACAAUUCCCACGAAAGUACUCAUCAUAUUUUUCUUCGAGUUUUUGUGGGUAAGUGUCGCAUCUAGCAUAACACAAGGAGUUUUUGUGGAUAGCAUGGCUCAAGGAGUAUCGAUUGAGGAAUGUCAGUAUUUGGGAGACGAGUACCCCAGGGGCUUGGUUAUGGAACAAGGUUCUGAAACUGAGAAGUCAGGUCCAAGGGAAACUGACAAAGACAAGAGCAGGGGUGAUGCGACCCCACUCACCCCGCAUGACGUCACUCGAGCUCAAACUAGAUAUCUACAUGGAUCAUGGUUCAAGAGACGAUUUAAGAGGUUUAAAGAGAGCUUGGAAGCAUUCAAGGUGGAAGAAAAGGUCAUUGCAAGCAAGGCCUACGAGUUUGUUGAUGUGAAAUCAAUUGGCAGAAUAUAUAAUUCUCGUGGUCCAAAGAUGAAGGCCCGAGUACGACGAUACAAGGAUCAAAUGGGAUCAUUCUUGAUGGACGUGGACUUGCUAGAAGGAAAGUCCAUCACAUUGCUACGAUUUAUGGACUAGAAUGAAGAGAAGAUGGGCUUGGUAGAAGGAAAGAAGAUCUCCCAUGGUGUGAACACAAGGUUUGAAAGGAAUACAAGUGUGAAAGGAAU